GGACAGGCUACGAGCCAACUGUUCACAUGGUUCAGGCCACACUUCUUCGCAUUCUGAGCCAUACUGUCCCUGAUAUCUCGCUAGAGAUCAGCAAGACCUAGCCACAGUGCAAGUUGCUCAGCUAGAUCGGGCACCAAACGCCGAGAGCUAAAGCUUCUUCAUCACCGCGAGUUUGAAGCGGCGAGGGGAACGGCGGCCAUGCCGCCUAAAGCUGCUGGUGGGGUCGACAAGGCCAAGCAGAAAGAAAGGGAGAAGAUCGCAAUCGACAAGACCUUCGGCUUGAAGAACAAGAACAAGAGCAAAGUCGUCCAGAAGUACAUCAAGUCCAUCACAAACAAUGCGGCUGGAGCACCCAAGGGUGGAAAGGAAGCUGCGGAGCGAGAAGCCAAGGAGGCAAAGCAAAAAGAAUUGCAGAAGGCAGCUCUCAUGACUCCCGGGCUCCGAUAGCAUGGAUAGCAUGGAGCAUCCGGGCCUGGGCUGGGAUAUUCCUCCAAAUUUGUGAACGUUUGGGAAGUUUCUGCGAUUGAAGUUUGACCAUGAAUCGUCAUCAAGUUUGGUCAUUUCAGCCGCACACCCUAUAGUAUAGAAACCACAUCAAGAAAGUUGGUCCAGGAGAAGCAUGGGGAAGCAGUUACAGUGAAGAAGGCUUAGGGGAGUUUUGCAUGCUAGUUGGGUCAAACCACGAUGCAUUGGGCAACUGUUCAGGUCAUUACGCGCAUCCCUUGUUCAAGGGUCCCCUUUGUAACAACAAAAUGGAAUUAGAGUACAUUCGCCCUUCGUUUGGUGCGGUGCGGACCUUCACCCUUGGGCCGAUUCACAUUCCUGCGGUGCCGAGGAACUCUUUGUUCAACAUGGCCACUGACAAGAAGGGCAGAGCUUUCGACCCAGUCGCAAAGAAGAAAGCGAAGCAGGCGGAAGAAGAUGCCAUCGCGUCCGGCAAGAAAUUGAAAGAUGAUGUGAAGAAGGAAAUCAUCGAAGGAGUGGCCAACACCAUCCGCUUGACCAACCCGAAGACAGGCAUUCGAAUGUCUGAGAUCGGCGGCCAUGCAAUCAUCCAGGCGCUGAAAACCAAGCAUCAGGAGGCCUUUAAGAUCUUGCAGCUCCUCCUCUUCAUCAAGGCCAACGACAAGGUCUUCUGGGUGGACGAUCCUGAGAGCAGCAAUCCUAUGAUCCGUUGCCUGGAGGAUGUCGAGGCGGAGGUAGCUCCAGAUGAGAGGCCCAUCGAAGAGAUCAUCGAGGAGAAGCGGGCGGCGCUGCCUCCGGGCGGCACGCCGGUGACCUUGGAGACCUUCCAGGCCUGGAAGGAGCGACGAGAGGCGGAACGCUUGGAGAAGGUGGAGCAGGAUCGCUUAGAGAACAUCAAGAAGGCUGGCGGCGGCAAAGGUCUGGCUGGGAUGAGCGGGCGCGAUUUGUUCACCUACGAUGCUUCGCUCUUCAAGGAUGAAGAGGGUGCCGUUUCAGCGGAUGAGUACGAUGAAAGGGAAGAAGACCCUCCGGAGGAUGAAGAUGAGGGUGAUGGGAAGACAAAAGGAGUGGCUGCAGAGCUGCAAGAUGAGAACGGAGAAGAGCAGGAGGAGGAGGAGGAAGGGCAAGAUUCUGGAGCCAGAGGUAGCACCGAGGAAGCUGGAGCGAUCAAUGAAAAGCUCUUCCUGCAGGAAGAGGAGCUUCCGGAUGAUUUGGACGAUGUGGAAGAUGAGGACUGAGAGGAAGGAUUGAAGUUUUGAAGGUUCCAUUUGCCCUACACAUUCUGUGGAGCGCCAAUUCGCAUUACAGAAUCUCAAGCUUUGAAUCUAGUCAGUUAGCCAAAGACCAGCUUGUACAGACAACCCAAAAAGGAGGGAUGCGCUGCGAGAGCCAUGUGGGAUAUAUUUGGGGUCUGUCCUAUUACUUGUAAC